AUGGAACCGACGUCCUACAACGCGGAGCGGCAGGGAGCAUCCGGCCAAGGGGCGCAAUGGAUUUUCGGGACCGACAAGUUCAGCGAUGAAGAUCAUGCAAGGAUACAACAGGCCCUCAACACUGCUCUCAGCUGGGAUCAGAUCAACUCCAGACCAGGCGGCGGCGGGAAAAAGGUGCCCUACCUCGCCGGACACACGGUGAUUGAAAACGCAAACAAGGUUUUCGGGUUCGCCGGCUGGGACUCGUCCAUCCUGCACCUCAGCUUGGACUACAAGAGCGAGGACGGCAGGUUCUGGAUGGCGGGCGCGACGGCCAUCGUGCGGAUAACAGUGGCGAACGGCUGCGGCCAUGAAGAUGUCGGCAACUCGCACAUGAAGGACAAGGACAAGGGAGAGGUCCUCAGCAGGGUGAAGAAGGCCGCGGUCACCGACGCGAAGAAGAGAGCGCUCAGGCUCUUUGGCACCCAGCUGGGCUCGCAAAUGAUGGACAAAGAGGGCUUGAAGGAAACCGAGAUCACCCACAAACAGAACCAGAGAGAGCUCAAGGCCAACCAGCAGCGGGAGGCCAGAAUGCGUAAGGAGCAGAUGCAGCAGCAGCAGCAGCAGUCUCAUCACGACCAGACGGGCGGGUCACCGCGGUCAAGCGUUUGCCCCGCCGGGCGGCCGCCACCCCAACAGCAGCAACAGCAGCAGCAGCAACAGCAGCAGCAGCAGCAGCAGCAGCAGCAGCAGCAGCAACAGCAACAGCAACCGCAACAACAGCAGAGCCCCAGGCAGCAGCAGCAGCAGCAGCAGCAGCAGCAGCAGCAACAGCAGAGAUCGCAUAUCCCGAACGGCCGGCCACACACACCGCAGCCAGGACAGCAGGCCCCCCCUCUCGCUGGAAGCGGUGGUGGCGGCGGCAGUGGUGUUGGUGCCCCACCCCCCCGAGCCAACAUUCCUCAACACUCGCCCCGAGUAGCUUCUGGCAACAGCAGCGGUGGCGGCGGCAGUGGCGGUGGCGGUAGCGGUGGCGCUUCAAGCCCCCGCGUGGUUUCGCAGCAGGUUCCUCCGGUGCCGUCGGGCGGAGGAGGCCCCACGAUGACAGCCCCGGGGGCGGCGGCGGUAGUGGCGGGGCGAGGCCCGCUGCGCGAGUCGUCCCCGAACAAGGCGGCCGCCUUUGAAAACAACGCCGGCGGCAGCGGCAGCGGCAGCGGCAGCGGCAGCGGCAGCAGCGCGGGCACCUCGGGGCACCGCCGAUUCGUGGACCCCAUGGUGGACCCAGGAGGGGGGGGGGGUGGAGGUGGGGGCACGCCGGCGAUGCCAUCGUUUCCCGGCAGCCCCGCGUUUGACUACGCGGUCGGGGACGGGUGUGGAGAUCGAGGCGCAAGCAGGCCUCCCGGGGAGCCACCGACAACAACAGCAGCAAGAGGACGGGAAGGAGGCGAGGGGGACGAAUACGAUAUGUCGCAGGCGGACUUCGGUUCGGCGUUCAUGGAGAUCGACUCCUUGAUCCAGCAACACAACACGUCGUCCCUGUCCGGGGGCAGCGCAAACGAUACCCUUCCGGCGGGGGCGGUGGCGGGGGUGGGGGCGGUGGCUAGUGGGGGUGGUGGUGAUGUUGGCGGGGCGGGUGGUGGUCUGGCGAUGGCGAUACCGAUGCAGCAACGGCAGGGCCAAAACCACAACAGCAACAACAACUUCAAGCGAUUACGAACCUAG